UCUGGGGGCCGACCGGCCGCGGCGCGCGCGCUUGUUUUUGCGCCGGAAGGAGGGGCGCCCAGCCGGAGGAGAAAAACUUCAUCCGCGAGUACAGGCCCCCUCCCCAGCCGCGGCGCUGGCCACCCAGGUCUGCAGGUCAGCCAUGUCAUCUGAGCCUCCCCCGCCGUCGCAGCCCCCCACGCAUCAGGCUUCGAUCGGGCUGCUGGACACCCCUCGGGCCCGAGAUCGCUCACCAUCUCCUCUGAGAGGCAACGUGGUCCCGAGCCCACUGCCCACCCGCCGGACAAGGACCUUCUCAGCGACGGUGCGGGCUUCUCAGGGCCCCGUCUACAAAGGAGUCUGCAAGUGCUUCUGCCGGUCCAAGGGCCACGGCUUCAUCACCCCCGCUGACGGCGGGCCCGACAUCUUCCUGCACAUCUCCGACGUGGAAGGGGAGUACGUUCCCGUGGAAGGCGACGAGGUCACCUAUAAGAUGUGCUCCAUCCCGCCCAAGAACGAGAAGCUGCAGGCCGUGGAGGUGGUCAUCACCCACCUGGCCCCGGGCACCAAGCACGAGACUUGGUCUGGGCACGUUGUCAGCUCCUAGGGGCCCAGAAGCACCCCUCUCCUCAGCUUGUGGAGACCCUGGGGAGGAGCCAGGGCCACACCGGAGAUGACGUUCUACCGCACGCGUCGGGGCUUCAAGGGGCACACGGUCCCUCUCGAGUGUCUCUGGAGGAAGGGGUGUGGGGGCACACACGGUGCGCCCGGCCACCAGCAGCCUCCUCCCAUCAGCCAGCUCUCACCACCUGGAAAGCAUUAAAGGCAUUUGAAAAAGA